UCAUGAUGGAGCCUGAGAUCCUGCUCUGCUUCCUCCCAGGGCCCCUGCCCAAACCCUCCCUCAGGGCCGAGCCAGGCCCUGUGGUCCCCCGGGGACGGCCUGUGACCUUCGUGUGCAAUUCCUCAGUUUGGGCUGAGUUCUUCCGCCUGGAGAAGGGUGAAAGAACUGUAGUACAUGAUCAUAAAAGUGAGUCUUCAGGUGGGGAGAAAGAGGCCAGAUUCCACUUCCCCGCGAUGAGUAAAGUGACUGCUGGGCGUUACCGCUGCCUCUAUAAACGUAUGAAUUAUGGCUGGUCUCAGCUCAGUGAGCCCCUGCUGCUGCAGGUGACAGAGGAGGACGACUCCACUCCACACUCAGGAGCCCCCCGAGUUCUCAGCUCCACCCUCAGCUCCACUCCCAGCUCCACCCCCAGCUCCGCCCCCAGCUCCACCUCCGUCACAGACACAAAGCCCCUCUCAGCUGGUGAGUAGAGACCUCAGCUUGGAGGGGUUUGCGGGGUGGGGCUCUGUGCUGGGACUCAGGCUCCAUCCUCCCAACUCUAAUGGGGAGAAUUAAUUAGAAUGAACAACAAAAAAUGCAUAUGCUAUAUAAUAAAAGGCUAAUAUGCAAAUCGACCAA